GCAUGCGCAGUUUCCCUCCAUAGGCCCAUUAUCUCCGCUAACCGUAGGCUACAGUAACAUCUUCGACCCACUUGCGCCCCCUUUACAUUAUUUGCAGGAGUAGUUGGUGCUGGUGUUUUCCCUCCAUAAAAAGUGUAGCUAUAUAAGUAGUGGACAUAUAGGCCCACUCUUCAGAAUGGAUUCUGAUAUACUGAAGAUAGAGGAAAUCGUGAUGGGAGGUGGGGAGACUGCUGCCCCUGCUGACGUGAACGCUGAGAAAGCGGGGAAGCCCUACACCACAAUCAUCAUCCAGGAUCCUCCUGCAGCCCCUGUCAUUCAGUCCUACCAGCAUGAGAGCUUGCAGUGUUUCCAGUGUUUUAUAACCUUCUGUAAUUCUAAAGCCAAGGAGAGACAUAUGAAGAAGAGUCACCGUGAAGAAUACAAACAGCAACUGCAGCAGUGUGACACACUCUUCACCUGUUAUGUGUGUGAUCGCACAUUUCCAUCCUCUGAGGAACUGACACGGCAUCAGUCUACUCACAACAAGGAAGACAAGCCCUUCAAGUGUGCACACUGCAGAGAGAGCUUCCGUACAUUCUCAGAGUUGACCACACACCGGCGGCAGGUGUGUCCUGAGCGUCAGUUUGUGUGUAAAGAAUGCAACGAGACAUUCCGGAGCCCAGCACUUCUCCGUACCCACCGUCUGGCCCAGCACCCCGCGCGCCCAGAUGGAGACGACACUGACAACCCCAGCAAAACCCACCGCUGUGGCAAAUGUGGAAGGGGAUUUGAAGAGGAGUCUGAGCUGCUGCAUCAUCAAGAAAACCAUGCGGCAAACCAGCACUGCAAUGGUAGUGGCCCUGUCAAGAGGCGUGGCCGGCCUCCCAAAGCAGAAACAAGCUCAGCAACUGUAGAGAAGAAACAAAAACAGGGCAAAAGUGAAGAAAAUGAAAUGGCAGAGAAGUCAGAGGACAUGCCCCCAGCACCACCAGCUGCUGAGGCAAAACCUAAAACAGGGGGAAGGAGAGGACGGCCACCAAAAUCUGCUUCGCAGGAUCCCAAAGCUGACGAAGAUAAAUCUGACAGCAAGAAAACAAAGGCUGCUUCUCCGACAGCUCGCCAGAUCCCAUGCCCAGAGUGUGACCUUGUUUUCUCUGCACCAGCUCAGCUCCGGGUGCAUAAGAAAGAGAAGCACACACAGCGCAAGGCACAUCCAUGCCAAGAAUGCGAGGAGAGCUUUAACCGUGCUGAGCAGCUGGAGGCCCACAUGGCCCGUGCACACAAGGCUGGCCGUUACUCCUGCUCAACAUGUGGCAAGAGCUUUGGCCGAGAGAGCAACCUUAAAGCCCACCAACAGAGCCAUGGGAAGGAGGAUGAGAAGUCUGCUGGGGGUGGCAAGAGAUAAGCUGAGCAUGAGAGAGGAAUGAGGCUUUGACACAAAGGGGUUAGGGUUUCAAGAUUAUUAAAGCAGACUUUAGUGGAAGAAGACGAGAAAAACAUGUUUUUGUUUAUAGGUUGGAGACAGGCUUGAGAUGCUUUGAGUGGGUGAGACUCUUUAGAGUUUUUCGUGGAAACUGGAAACCCAAAAGUCCCAUAUGGCUUCCUCAUUUCAUUCUGACAUAUUUUUAUAGCUGUGGCGUAGUAUAUGGUUUGGGCCACAAUUUAAAAUGUAUAGCAUAAUCAAACCCAUGUCUCUCAUAUGCCAGAAUUGUAGGGGCAUGAACCUGAUUUAAAAAAAAAAAAAAAAAAAAAAAAAAGCCCACUCAUAGUGAAAGGCUUUGCAUUUGGCUUUUAUUCAAAUAUUUUAAUGUAAUUUUUAUAAAUAUCAUGAGUGAGUUGUUUUUACAUUUAUUUUUUAGAAGUUUGGGAAGGAAGGUAUGCCUAAGUGGAAUUAGUGUUUUCUAAUGGCAAGCAUCAGUUAGCGAAUUAGCAGAUUAUUUAAUUUCAUGUUGCACCACAAGGUGUUAACUUUUAACUUUGUUACCUGUGACUAGAGAUUCAGAGCUGAGAUAAGAGAUGAUUUCCCAUGUUACCACAUUUUGUUUUAUAAAAAUUUCUAAUUUUAUUUGUUUAUAAUCUGUGGCUCCUAAUCAUGAAGAUGCAGAAAAAUGACAUGUACAGAACCUGUUGCUAUGUAGAAGUGAAUUCAGUCUUUUUCCAGCUACUUGUUUUGAGAAGAGAUACCUGGUCUAACACUUACAUGAGCUAACUUUUUAAUGGUGCACAUGUACUCUGUAAGUCAUUAAAACUUUAACCAGCAAUUGUAUUACUAUGACUACUUGAUAGGGAUUGUUCAAUGUGAACUUUAUACCUCUCAUUUUAUCAUAGUAAUGCAGAUAAAUUUUUAAACUCUUAAAUGCAGCUAUAUGAUGCACAGAAUAGGUUUAAUUGUUCUAAUUUGAGCAAUUAAUCAGAAGAGUUAGCUCAGGUCUGUCAUCAGUGUUAUUAAGCAAGUAAAAAUGUUUCAUCUGACAUCUGUAAAUUAAUACAUACACAGUGGCCCAUGUUUUGAUGAUUUUUUUUUUUAUUUUUUAAAAUUUUUUUUUUUUUUUUGAACUGUUAGUAAUGCACAAACUUUGACCACUGUAGCCCUCUGGAAAAGAUGUGUCCUGCUAUGUCUUUAGUGUAAUUUUCCCCUUGUUGCCUAAAUGGUUUAAAAUUAAAGAAGACCACCUUAAGGAGCUGC